UUUCUUCGUGAAUAAAGAAAACAGCAGCCAAUAAAAAAGGAAAGUUAGAAAAUGAAAGAACAAAUAAAUAAAAACAGCAAAUUCUUGCUAACCAAUUGUUUCCUUUUAAUCCCAUAGACCCCUUUUUCUUCCUUUUUUUUUUUCAGAUUUUUAUCACUGACCCAACUCUGAAAAGUUCAAUCUUUUUUCAGUCCACCUACUAAACUAUUUUUCAAUGUGAUUUCACUUCAAGAAUAUUAUCUUGUUUCUUGUAUUUUGACUAGAUCUUAGUCUAUUUGAGUCUAGCUGAAUAGCUGUGUGAACCCCAACUCAAGAUGACAAGAAGAUUCAUUGGAUUAGUCAGGCACAGCUGUGGAUUAUAUAGAGCUUAUAAUUUCCUUUAGAAAAGACGAUGAACUUGGUGAGGUGAAUGAGACAGCCAGUGGGUCACUUUCAAUUGGUUUAGUCAUCUGGUUUUGCAGUUUAGACGCUUCUGAUUGAUGACACAUCGUUUGUUCGGAGAGUAUUUCGAUCAGUGAAGCAAGUAGGGGUUUACGGGAAGGAAACCAUAUCUUGUAGUUAUGAUCAAACAGAUACUCAAUAAGCUUCCUAAUAAGAAGGCGUCUAAGUCAGCAGAUAAUCGUGAUGUACCGUCAAAUGGUUCAGCUAGUUCACUAAGCAGUGAUAUGUCUAGUUCUCAGUCUGGGAAUUCGAGUGCUACGUCUCUUUCAGGAGUCACUUCUUCUUUAGCUACUGGAAUGGGUAACGGAGAUGGAAUUUCCAUGGCUGCAAGCACUAAGGUGAAUGGAAUAGUUUCCCCGUAUGAGGCGUUGCCUAGUUUUAGAGAUGUACCAAAUUCUGACAAACAAAACUUGUUCAUCAAAAAACUGAACUUGUGUUGUGUCUUGUUUGACUUCACUGAUCCAAUGAAAGAUUUGAAAGAAAAGGACAUCAAGAGACAGACCUUGGUGGAGCUAGUUGAUUAUGUUACUUCUGCAAAUGGGAAAUUCACGGAAAUGGUUGUGCAAGAAACAGUUAAAAUGGUGUCGUUGAACUUAUUCAGGCCUCGUGCUCCUCAACCUCACGAAAACAAAGUAUUGGAAGCUCUUAUCUUGGAAGAAGAGGAGCCCUUGAUGGACGCUGCAUGGCCACAUGUGCAAAUUGUGUAUGAGUUGCUUCUCCGGUUUGUGGCAUCACCGGAGACGGAUCCAAAAUUGGCUAAACGAUACAUUGAUCACUCUUUUGUUCUGAGGAUACUAGAUCUCUUUGAUUCUGACGAUCCACGAGAAAGAGAGUACUUAAAGACUGUACUGCACCGCAUGUAUGGAAAGUUCAUGGUGCACCGCCCGUUCAUAAGGAAAUCAAUCAACUACAUUUUUUACAGGUCUAUUUUUGAAACCGAGAAGCAUAACGGAAUAGCAGAACUCUUAGAGAUUUUGGGAAGUAUAAUUAACGGAUUUGCUCUGCCGCUGAAGGAAGAGCACAAAUUGUUCCUCGUUCGAGCUCUUAUUCCACUUCAUAAACCAAAGUGUAUACAAACGUAUCAUCAGCAGUUAUCUUACUGCAUAACACAAUUUUUAGAAAAAGACUGCAAGCUUGCUGAUACCGUUAUAAGAGGUUUGUUGAAAUACUGGCCAAUCACGAAUAGUUCAAAGGAGGUAAUGUUCUUAGGUGAACUCGAGGAGGUAUUAGAAGCAACACAGCCACCAGAAUUCCAGCGCUUUAUGGUUCCUCUGUUUCGUCAAAUGAGCCUUUGCUUGAGCAGCUCACACUUUCAGGUGGCUGAGAGGUCUUUGUUCCUGUGGAACAAUAGUCACGUGGAGAACCUAAUCAGACAAAAUCGUGAAGUUAUACUGCCAAUAAUCUUCCCUUCCUUGGAGAAGAAUGCUAGAGGCCACUGGAAUCAUGCAGUGCAAAGCUUGACAUUAAACGUUCGCAAAAUCUUCUUGGACGUUGAUGCUGAACUCUUUGAAGGGUGCUUGCAGAAAUUUGAGGAGGAUCAGGCCCGGGAAGAAGAGACAAAAGUGAAACGUGAGAGUACAUGGAAAAGAUUAGAAGAGAUCGCUGCAAUGAAAGCUACAAGCAAUGAGUUGGUGCUAGUUUCUUGAACGACAGCCCCUCAUUCACCAUUUAGCUGGAGACUCUGGUAACUUCAUUACUGUUACUUUUACAUUGGAGAGCUGACUAGUAUGUUACAACGAUGGAAAUCCCGAGAAAGGAUAUGUGAGAUAUCACAAGAUAAGUCACGUCUCCCAGUUUGUUCACGGUCUGAUAUGAAAUCUUUGCUUUCCAAGGUCACAUUGUGUGAUGACACACAAAAUGAAUUGGAUACCAACUGUAUCUUCCUUUAAAUGGAAGAGCUGUACAUAUGCAAUUGAAAUACGACCAUAGAACGUCAAGAUUUUUUAGUCCACAGCGCAUCUAUAGUUGGAGUUUAUUUGAUGACUGUAUCCUCUUUGUUGAUUUACAAAUGAAACAAAAGAGCAUAAUUCUUCAGGUAUAUGUAUGCGAUCUUUUUGCUUCUA